AUGUCAUGGUUCAAGCAGCUGUCGGUUGAAGCGGGCCUCGCCUCGGAACCCGAGCUGACAAAGGAGGCAUGCGACAAACUGUCCAAAUAUGUGCCCCAAACCUUCAGUCUCAAGGAGCUCGCCGACGAAGCAAGAGGAUGCCUCAGCCUGGCGCAUUCUGAGAAACCGGGGGAGGUCCAAACGUUGCGGAAUUACCUUGUCUCAAUUCUCACCUGCCUGUACUUCGAAGGCCGUAUUGUCCACGAGUCAACCACAGACCAGGACACCGUGAGAAACCUUGCCCGGAACAUCGCCAAGACCAUCGCCCCUGUUGUCACUCCAGAAGCGAGCCGCAGCGACAACACUGAUUCCCUCGAGGCUCCGAAUCAGGACUUCACCAAAAUCCGUCGAGCGAUUUUCGAGAACUGCCGGGCGAUUUCUUCCCUCGGCGUCCGGGCACUGGAAGCGCUCAUGAAUCAGACCGAAGACCCAGUCCGGCUAGACGAUGAGGUUUUAUACACUCUCCUCGUCUACACGGACAAGACACAACCCUGGGAGAACUGCGAGAUCAAAGCGAGUACACAGAGACUCCUCGAGCAGCAAUUCAGCGUCCCCGGCAGUCCCACAAAGGAACAGUUCCUCACUGAGACGCUCCUCAAGCACUACCUGCGCCCGCUAUUCUUCAAGUCAAAGCCCUCCUCCAUCACAACCUCGGGCCGAAAGGCUGAGUACACCGACGGCGCCGCCGCCCGGGCCGAGAGCAUGCCAGACGAAUCCGCCCUGACCAAGCCAUGGAAGUAUACGGAUCUGAGAGCCAUUCCGGCAGUAGCAUGGGCAGUUCGCGAGGCGGACACCCAACUUAUCGCCAAGCACUGGCCGCUCUUUAUCCCCGUUUUGCUCACCCUCGUCGACGAUCCCGCCACCCUAAUCCGCCGGCGUGGCCUGCUCAUCCUGACCGACUUCCUCGCCAAAUUCUCAGACAAAACCCUGCACGACACCGGCCUGGCAAAGGUCUUCGAAGACGCCAUUUUCCCAACCCUGGCCUUCCUUCCCAGCCUGACGCCCGAGGAUGAGUCGCUCCAGCUCCUUGGCCCGGCUUACGGCGCGCUGCUUAGUCUGGCUAACAAACAGCCCGCUCUGAGCAUGGAUGGCAUCUCGGGCGGGCCGAGAAAUGCAUUGUUGGACAAGGUUCUCCGCGACGGCGUGUUCAUGGGGUACUUCCACGCCAAGGAACACGUGGAAAUCGUCGCGGUGCUCUGCCAGCAGACGGUGGCGGUGCUGACCGAAAUGGGCGUGCAUGCUGUAAAGCACCUCAAGGAUCUGAUCCCGAUGCUUUCAUCCAUCAUGACCGACCCCUUCGCGCCAGUGGCCCCGAAAAUGCUGUUAUCCGCCAUCAAAGCCAUGCAGGCCGUCCUCGCAAACUGCUGGCCUCGCAUCCCGGUCUCGCUAUGGCAAGACGAAAUCAUCAAUGCCCUCGUCCUCUGCUGGUUGAACGUCGCCGAACACGACCACGCCGACACUGACAAGCAUCACGCCCGAAUUGAGCAGGAAUUACUGACCUCGUCCAAGGCGCUAGCGGCCGUGCUCAAGACGGCUUCCAGGGAGGGCGAGCAGGCGACCAACUUGUCUUCUCACGUCGCACCCCUGGUAACAAAAGAGCCCCGUCUAGGGAAGCUCUUCCCUCCGAACUGA